UUAUCGCUUGCUGUUAGUUAGCUCGUGUUCAGGAUCUUGUAGUUAGAGUUUUAUAUAACCUUAGGUGAAUAGAAAGUAAAUAAAUGGCUCCUUCAACUCAAACAGCAAACGAGUCGCACGCGAAAGGAAUUAAUGCAGUCCUACUCGGGCCACCUGGAGCUGGUAAAGGGACGCAGGCUCCCAAAUUGAGAGAUUAUUAUAAUGUCUGUCAUUUGGCUACAGGUGAUAUGCUUCGAGCCGAAGUAGCAUCGGGAUCUGAUUUAGGAAAAACGUUAAAAAAAGUAAUGGACGAUGGAAAAUUAGUUAGCGAUGAUUUAGUUACAGAUUUAAUAAACAGAAACUUGGAUAAGUCCGAUUGUCAAAAUGGAUUUUUAUUGGAUGGGUUUCCAAGGACUGUUGUUCAAGCAGAAAAGUUGGAUGAACUGUUGGAGAAACGUAAUUCAAAAUUAGAUUCGGUUAUAGAAUUUAGUAUUGAUGAUUCGGUGCUUGUUCGUCGUAUCACUGGAAGAUUAAUUCAUGUUCCAAGUGGUAGAAGUUAUCAUGAAGAAUUUAAUCCACCAAAGAAACAUAUGGUCGAUGAUAUUACUGGUGAGCCUCUAAUACGAAGAUCGGAUGAUAACGUUACAGCUCUGAAGAAAAGAUUAGACUCCUAUCAUAAACAAACUCAACCAUUAGUAGAUUAUUAUUCCAAAAAACACUUACAUACACAAAUAAAUGCAGACCAAAAUCCUAAUUUAGUAUUUUCUCAGAUACAGCUAGCUUUUUCUAAAGCAAAGACUAAAGAUUUAGUUUUCUUUGUAUAAUAAUAAUAAUAAUAAUAAUUUUCUUAUAUAUAUUUGGUACAAAAUUAUACUCUUUCAUUGGAAAUACUUUACAAAAUAUAAUAAUUAUUAUUAUAACAAGGUUAAUAUUGACACGAUGAUUGGUUUUUACAAAAUUAUACAUUAUAAAAUUAUUUCUUUACAAUUUGACAAUUUAAUGAGUUUUUUUAAUAUAAUUUUUUUAUUAAAAAGUUCAAAGUUUUUAAAUAAAAAAAAUAUUAUAUUGUUUCAAUGUUAAAUUUAUAAACAAAAAUUUUUGUAAAUAUGGCAGAUUUUUCAUAAAUUUUAAUUACUGUUUGCGCUCUUCAAUUAUGGCAAAAAAUAUUAGUCUAUAGGUUACUGUUAAUCAAUUAUUAUAAAUUUCUGUUAGUAUAUAAUUAUUGAUUUAACAAUUUAAAACAUUAAAAGAAAAAAAUAAAGAAAUAUUGUUAU